AUGUUCAAUCCUACUGCUGGUGAGUACUUUGGUGAAACAUGGCAAACCCGAAAGACGGGGAAGAAUGGUGAGCCGGUCGCCAUGUCGGUGCAUUACAUGAGGUCUGGUGCACAGUCCUCAAUGAGUAGGGAUGACUCGUUUGAUUCACAGCCAAUCUCACAAUCCGUGCGCCCUGGGACUCGGGAACGCCGCCCCGGCACAUCUGAUGACUCGUUGACGUCCUCUAAUGCUCCAGCACGCGGGAGAAGUCAUCGAAGUCCCACUCAGAAGACAAUGCUAUCCAAGGCACUAGCCAAGGCGAACUCAGCUGUCCUCCUCGAUAAUGCACAGAACAUCGAUGGCGCCAUCGAAGCAUACCAUGAGGCUUGUGAACUUCUACAGCAGGUCUUGGUUCGGAGUUCAGAUAUGGAUGAUCGAAAGAAAUUGUCGGCCAUCCGAAGCACAUAUUCCAACAGAAUAGCAGAGCUACAUGACCUCGAUGACUCCUUCUCUGGUCUUCUUGAGAAGGCCCUCCCGGAAGAUCCCCCUUUUGAUGACACAAAUCAGUCUUUCUUCACCAAUGACGGGAGUGAACAAGAUACCGCCGCUGUCUUGGAGACCGUUCAUAUCCCUCCGCGACAGGAGUCAUUGUUACCCGAACUCUUCGGAGGAAAUACUUAUCUAGCAGAACAGUCCACGCGCAAGAGGAUACAAAUCCCCAGUUUGGCUGUGCCUAUGGACUCAGACUACAUGCCUCCACCUCUAUCACCGCGAAGACCAUUAUCUCCAAUAGGUGAUAGAGAUACCGACACCCCCCUUGCCACUCAAAGGCCAGCAGACGUGACAAAUCGCAUUCUACAAUCCCGUGAUGGAAGUACUACCGAGUCUACCUCGUGGUUGGAUACAUUCGAAGAUGGAGAGUCUUCGACGAGAUCGUCCCGAUUAUCUUCGAUUGACUUUGGACUCCGCGAUGGUCACGGACUAGUUGACGACAUUGAGGCCGAAUUCGAUGCCGCGCUCAACGCUGCUGUAGAUGCGGCUUGGGACGACAAUAUUGCUGAUGAAUCCACCCCUCGACCCGACAAAAGCGAUGAUUUUCCUCCGGACUUCACGCUCCCUCAACUCCCUCAGGUAGAUCCGUCGUCCGCGCCUCGAAGUCUUCUCUCCAACCUGGAACUGACCCGAGAAUAUGACGAGGGCGAUUCAUCAGAGGAAGAGGAGAGAUUAUUAGAAGAGAUGACUAAAGGCUACGUCUUUGAUGAUUUCUCCUUUGACAACAAGUCGAAGUCGGCACUUCCUCGUCAGUCUGAUUCGAGCAACACUUCUGCCCGAACCUGGUCUGACUCGAUUCCUUCUACCAUAAACACCAACGUCACAACGUUGAGCACUCUGGCCGAAACAUCUGAACCUGCAUCUGAACAAUCGCCUCGCCCAAUCCCACCUGCUAAGAACUCUCCAAUAACGGCUCCCCCUACAGUUGCCCUUCCACCCGCGCCUGGCUUACCACUACCAAAGCCUAGCAGUAGACCCACGAGCAUUGACAGAUACGCCGGUUUAGGUAUACGAGAAAGAAGAUUCUCAGGUCAAAGCAGCAGCCAACUCAAGAUCGAAACGUUUGCUCGACGAAACUCUACCACUUUAGCUCCAAAACCUUCUGGACUAGCACAAACAAAGACAACCACCGAUUCAUCGAAUGAUCAGCUUAGAUUGCCACAAACAGCCCCUUUAGACGGUUCCAAUGCCAUGUUGCUGGGAUCGUUACUCCCAAUAACGCCACUGACUUCGCUACCCUCGACGGAUUCUGCUCUGAGUGAAUCACCUGUCACUCCCGCUUUAACACAAGGUGGUUCCCAGGGUAGUAUUGAUGAAACAAAUGUUCAGCCACCGUCCCCAGGGAAACAGUUUCCUGGGAGGAUGAUGCCUCCACCUGCAGUAAAGAAGAACCUUUCCUCAUCGAGUCUGAGGAUGCGAAAUUUGUCUGUUGCAACGACUGAUACCACAGGGGAAUCUCCCGUUACACCUCUUAGCGCCACUUUUACCGGAGAGAGCAAAAAGGUUGUUCCUCCCUUACCAUCUGCGGCUCUACCCACUCCAUCCAGUGGUGCAUUUGGGCCUCAUUUGCUGCAAACUGGUGGAUAUUAUCUAUUUGAAGAUCAUACUGGCGCUGUCGUAUCAUCUGAAGCACCUCUCAGUCCCACCGGUGCUGUUCAGGGUCCCCCAGCUCUUCCACUUGAGCCUUGUCCAGAAUCAGCAUUGCUAAGACCGUUUUGGUUAAUGCGAUGCCUUUACCAGACAUUGGCUCACCCGAGAGGGGGGUAUCUUACAACACGGCUGUUCAUUCCACGUGAUAUUUGGCGUGUGAGAAAUAUCAAGCUGAGGGCUCUCGAGGAUAAGGUCUCUCAAUGCGAUCUUUUGACGGCAGCUUUACUAAAAGUUGCCAAAGUGGAUACAUUUGAUGCUGAUGCCGUUUUGGAUGAGUUACAAUCAUUCGAGAUGGUUCUCGAUCAAGUCCGGAGUACACUGCAGAAGAAGAUCGGCAAUGAGGUUGGAUUGUCGGGUUCAUCCAGCCUGUUCAAAGGUACUGGAGAGGAGCAGGAUCCAACCUCAUCCAAACCGAACCACACUACUGCUAAAUCCUUAGCUUCAAGCUGGAGGAAACUACGCUCUAAAUCGAGUACACCAGCAAUCGGCAAUCAGACUGGACCAAACGUACUGUCUGGGUCGAACAUGCAAUCGCUGCCAAUGACCUCGUCUUCAUCGGUUCCAUCAUCUCGAUCUCAUGCGAGCAGGAAAAUUGCUCCACCGCCCACUCCGAGUACACUGACGAAUGUUCAACCACUGCAUGCUAGUUACAUGUCGAGCCUCGCACGGCUCUUUGACGCUGCUCAAGUUUUGGAUGGAAUUGCCCGUCAAGUGGAAGACCCAGGCUUGAAAUGCAGCAGCAAGACCCAAGUGGGUCUCGAAUUAGGCGUGAAGAAUGCAGCCGAGUUCUUCGCCUUCUAUAUUAUCCGCUUUGUAAUGGCGGAUCUGACAUUAAUGAUUGACAAGUUUGUCAAAAGAGGAUCCGAAUGGGUUCUAACUUAG